AUGGCGGGCUUCUCGGACCUUUUGCGGCGCACCUGCACAUGCUGCCUCUCUGAGGAGGAGCAGAGAGCCCUCGCUGUGGACAAGGAGAUCCGGCACCAACUCAGAAAGCAGAAGCAAAUGGAGAGGCGCGAGGUCAAAAUUCUCCUUUUGGGAACUGGUGAGAGUGGAAAAACCACCUUCAUCCGCCAAAUGAGAAUCAUCCACGGCCGGGGCUUCUCAGCGGAUGACAGGAAAGAAUUUGCUAAAUGCGUCUUCCAGAACAUUUUUACAGCGAUCAAGGCCAUGACAGCAGCCAUGACCACGCUAAGAAUUCCUUACUCCAACCCCGAUAACGAGUUCUAUGCCAGGAAGGUCCACACUGUCAACACAGUCCAGGUCACCAAACUGGAGCGAGACUAUGUGGAUGCCAUCCGGCGCCUCUGGGCUGACUCAGGCAUACGGGUCUGCUACAGUCGACGCUGUGAGUACCAGCUGCUGGACUCCACGGAGUACUAUAUGAACCAACUGGACCGCAUUGCAGAGCCAGACUACAUCCCCACAGAACAGGACGUGCUGAGGGUGCGAUUUCCCACCACCGGCAUCCACGACUAUUCCUUCACCAUCAAUAAGAUCACACUCAGGAUUGUAGACGUGGGCGGCCAGAAAUCAGAGCGUCGGAAAUGGAUCCACUGCUUUGAGAAUGUCACUUCGCUCAUCUUCCUGGCAUCCCUCAGCGAGUAUGAUCAGGUUCUGGAGGAGAGAGACACCAUUAACCGCAUGGAGGAGAGCCUGGCUUUGUUCUACACCACCAUCCAUUCGCCGUGGUUCCACAACACCUCCAUCAUACUCUUCCUCAACAAAACCGACAUCCUCGCCGACAAAAUACAAACCUCUGACCUAAAGAAAUACUUUCCUGGUUUCAUGGGUAGGAGACAAGACCCAAUAGAAGCCAGAAAAUACAUUGAAAAGCUGUACCAGCAACAGACCAACAACCCGGACAACAGGGAGGAGGGAAAGAGCCUCUACACGCACCCCACCUGUGCCACAGACACAGAGAACAUCCGCAAGGUGUUCAGCGAUGUGAAGGACACGGUGCUGCUCCGGUCUCUGCGGGAAUACGGGAUCAUAAGUUGA